CAGUAUGAACAACAUCAGCCGACUGUCCCCGGGUCCCCUGCACAGCCUCCGCUUCCUAGAGGAGCUCCGUCUUGCCGGAAACGCUCUGACAUACAUUCCCAAGGGAGCAUUCGCUGGCCUUUACAGUCUUAAAGUUCUUAUGCUGCAAAACAAUCAGCUAAGACAGGUGCCCACGGAAGCUCUGCAGAAUUUGCGAAGCCUUCAAUCCCUGCGUCUGGAUGCCAACCACAUCAGCUACGUGCCACCCACCUGUUUCAGUGGCCUACAUUCCCUGCGGCACCUGUGGCUAGAUGACAACGCUCUGACAGAAAUCCCUGUUCAGGCCUUCAGAAGUUUAUCAGCAUUGCAAGCCAUGACCUUGGCCCUGAACAAAAUACACCACAUACCAGACUACGCCUUUGGAAACCUCUCCAGCUUGGUAGUUCUGCAUCUCCAUAACAAUAGAAUCCACUCCCUGGGAAAGAAAUGCUUUGAUGGGCUCCACAGCCUAGAGACUUUAGAUUUAAAUUACAAUAACCUUGAUGACUUCCCCACUGCAAUCAGGACCCUCUCCAACCUGAAAGAACUAGGAUUUCACAGCAACAAUAUCAGGUCAAUACCUGAGAAAGCAUUUGUAGGAAACCCUUCUCUUAUUACAAUACAUUUCUAUGACAACCCCAUCCAAUUUGUUGGGAGAUCUGCUUUUCAACAUUUGCCUGAACUAAGAACACUGACUUUGAAUGGUGCCUCCCAAAUAACUGAAUUUCCUGAUUUAACUGGAACUGCCAACCUGGAGAGUCUGACUUUAACUGGAGCACAGAUCUCAUCUCUUCCUCAAACCGUCUGUGAUCAGUUACCUAAUCUCCAAGUGCUAGAUCUGUCUUACAACCUGUUAGAAGAUUUACCCAGUUUUUCAGUCUGCCAAAAGCUUCAGAAAAUUGACUUCCGACAUAAUGAAAUCUAUGAAAUUAAAGUUGACACUUUUCAGCAAUUGCUUGGCCUCCGAUCUCUAAAUUUAGCUUGGAAUAAAAUCGCCAUUAUUCACCCCAAUGCAUUUUCUACUUUGCCAUCACUAAUAAAGCUGGACCUAUCAUCCAACCUCCUGUCGUCUUUUCCUGUAACUGGGUUACAUGGUUUAACUCACUUAAAAUUAACAGGAAAUCAUGCCUUACAGACCUUGAUAUCAUCUGAAAACUUUCCAGAACUCAAGAUUAUAGAAAUGCCUUAUGCGUACCAGUGUUGCACAUUUGGAAUGUGUGAGAACAUCUAUAAAAUUCCCAAUCAGUGGAAUAAAGGUGACAACAGCAGUGCGGACGACCUUCAUAAGAAAGAUGCUGGGAUGGUUCUGGUUCAAGAUGAGCAUGACCUGGAAGAUUUCCUGCUGGAUUUUGAGGAAGACCUGAAAGCCCUUCAUUCAGUGCAAUGUUCACCUUCCCCAGGCCCCUUCAAGCCCUGUGAGCACCUGUUCGGUAGCUGGCUGAUCAGAAUCGGAGUGUGGACCAUAGCAGUUUUGGCCAUUUCUUGCAACGCCUUGGUGAUUUCAACAGUGUUCAGAUCCCCUCUGUACAUUUCCUCCAUAAAACUGUUGAUUGGGGUCAUUGCAGUGAUGAACAUGCUCAUGGGUGUCUACAGCACUGUGCUGGCCGCCGUAGAUGCAUUCACUUUUGGCAGCUUUGCACAGCAUGGUGCAUGGUGGGAGAAUGGGGUUGGUUGUCAAGUCAUUGGAUUUUUGUCCAUUUUUGCUUCGGAAUCAUCUGUCUUCCUGCUUACUCUGGCAACCCUGGAGCGUGGGUUCUCUGUGAAGUGUUCUGCAAAAUUUGAGAUGAAAACUCCUUUUUCUAGCCUGAAAGCAAUUAUUUUGCUCUGUGCCCUGAUGGCCUUGAUCAUCGCUACAGUUCCCCUGCUGGGUGGCAGUGAGUACAGUGCCUCCCCACUCUGCCUGCCCCUGCCCUUUGGAGAGCCCACCACCACUGGCUACAUGGUGGCUCUCGUCUUGCUCAACUCCCUUUGCUUCCUCAUAAUGACCAUCGCCUACACCAAGCUCUACUGCAACUUGGAGAAGGGAGACCUGGAGAAUAUCUGGGACUGUUCCAUGGUGAAACACAUUGCUCUGUUACUCUUCACCAACUGUAUCCUUUACUGCCCCGUGGCUUUCUUAUCCUUCUCCUCUUUGCUAAACCUCACAUUUAUCAGUCCUGAAGUAAUUAAGUUUAUCCUUCUAGUAAUUGUCCCACUUCCUGCAUGUCUCAAUCCCCUUCUCUACAUCCUCUUCAAUCCCCACUUUAAGGAGGAUCUGGGGAGCCUGGGAAAGCAAACCCACCCCUGGACAAGAUCAAAACACCCGAGCCUGAUAUCUAUUAACUCAGAUGAUGUUGAGAAACAAUCCUGUGACUCAACCCAAGCCUUGGUAACCUUCACCAGCGCCAGCAUAGCUUACGACCUGCCUUCCAAUUCUGUGUCAUCGCCAGCUUAUACAGUGACCGAAAGCUGUCAUCUUUCAUCUGUGGCAUUUGUCCCAUGUCUCUAAUUAAUAAGUAAGAAAUUUUUUUUCAAAAGUUAGAAACUUGAAAAUGUGAGAUUGAGGACAUCAGAGCAGUAGCUAAGAAGAGCUGAAUUGAAACUAGGUUUAAAAACCAAAUAAGGGCUGAAGUUGUGACUCAGUGGUAGAGCACUUGCUUAGCACGUGUGAGGCACUGGGUUUGAUUCUUAGCACCACAUAUAAAUAAAUGAAUAAAAUAAAGGUCUAUAAAAAAUUAAAAACAAAAACAAAAGCCUCUCAGUGUGAAAAAGCUGAUACCCACUGAUACUUGAGAGUGAAAUAUGAGUCUAAAUACUACUUGUAUGUUGUUCAGCUAAGAGAUAAAUCAAUCACAUUAUUGAAAUUGACCCAGAUCAAAAAAGAAAAUUGAAACGUUCUUCAGUAAGAGUCUCCAUAAUUUUAAUUGCAUUCUCUUUAAACUCACCAAGGUGAGUUCAACUGGGAAGACUCACUUGCUUAUAAAAUGGGUUUAUUUAAACCCCAAAAUCUCUUGAAAAAUGGUUGAAAGCAUUGGGAAUGUGGAGGUUUGGAAUAGCCUACAUUACUUAUAAAAGACUCUGGCCCACGGGAUUUCAUUUUUAAGGACUACAUGGAGAUACUUUAGUCUGCCUUUCAGAGAUGAUCCUUCCCACUCAUCAGUCUUUGGAAAAUGAAAGGCAGUAUUAACUCAUCCAUAGUCGCAUUACUUUUACAAAUACUGGGUUUUACAAAUCAGCACUCUGCGGUUUCACCCUUUAUGGAAUAAAACCGGUUACAAAUAUUUUGAAAGGCAAAUUAAUUGAAAUUCUUAAAUCACUCCUGAGGCAAUCAUGAACAGGUGAAAUUCGUCAUGUCUAAUUCACUUUUAAGUCCUUGGUGUCCAAAGCUCAGAAAGGAAGUCCAUUGCCAGCAAUGGACGUACCUACAAAAGAUAGCAAGCAAUAUGGGAUUAUUUUUAAAUUUCUGAUUGAGUGCAUAUUUUUUGCAAAAGAUUUUAUCAUUGAUUCAAAUGGAUGUGCACCUUAAGAUAAUAAUCAAAAGCAUACAUAACAAAAAUUAAGUCCACCCAUAAAACCUCUCACAUAUGUAUCUCUAGUCCCUUUAGCUACAAUGUUGGACAAUCCCUUGGACUCAACAGAGACUUGGUAAUAUUUUAUCUUGUUUAUUUACCUUGGUUUUAGCUACAUUAUCUCUGGAUCAACCACUUGAUGUGAGGAACAUUAUUCCUCUGCUUAUUCCAUAUUAAUACAUGUGAUAGAUAUUAUAAGAGACAAAUUAUUAAAUAUGAAGUCAAAGGAUUAAUUCUUAACUUCUCUUAUCCUACAUUAGCUUCAUUACACCCAAACCAAAAAGCUAUUAGGUAGAUUUAUUUUUAUAUAAGCAUGUUUAUUUUGAUCAGAUGUUUUAAAUUGGAAUUUAAAUAAAUACAUUUAUGAGAUGUUUUAUAAGAUGUGUAAAUAUAGAACUGUAUUUAUUACAGUAAAGAUUCAGUUACAUUAAAGACCAUGAUAAUAAACCAUGUACAGUGGCAUAGACUUCCAUAUAUACUGUUUCUCUGUCAAUUUACUUCAAAUUCAUCAACUGUGUGUAAUAUAUGUAAAUAUAUAAUACUUGUAAAUAGAUUCCUAAUUUGCUUUUCUAUUGGACACAAAAUAAAUUUGUAAUAAAA